CGCCGCCAGUGCUGGCGACACUGUCCGGACUCAAUCCACCUAUGAAAGGGCUCAAAAGCCUCCUUCUUAGGGCCUGGAUGAAACAUCGUCAAGUGACCAAAGCCCGGAUAAUUCAAAAGCUGAUGGAAGACAAUACUGCCAUGAAUCUGUUUGGACGUGAAAUUUGAGUGAAAAGCAUGGCAGAAGAGCAAGAAAUAAUGUGCAAAUUGGAAAGCAUUAAAGAGAUCAGGAACAAGACCAUGCAAAUGGAGAAGAUUAAGGCCCGUUUGAAGGCUGAGUUUGAGGCCCUUGAAUCAGAGGAGAGACACCUGAAGGAAUACAAGCAGGAGAUGGACCUCCUGCUACAGGAGAAGAUGGCCCACGUGGAGGAGCUCCGACUGAUCCAUGCUGACAUCAAUGUGAUGGAAAAUACCAUCAAACAAUCUGAGAAUGACCUAAACAAGCUGCUAGAAUCUACCCGGCGGCUACAUGAUGAGUAUAAGCCACUAAAGGAACAUGUGGAUGCCCUGCGCAUGACUCUGGGCCUGCAGAGGCUCCCUGACCUAUGUGAAGAGGAGGAAAAGCUCUCCUUGGAUUACUUUGAGAAGCAGAAAGCAGAGUGGCAGACGGAGCCUCAGGAGCCCCCCAUCCCUGAGUCCCUGGCCGCUGCAGCCGCUGCCGCCCAACAACUUCAAGUGGCUAGGAAGCAGGACACUCGGCAAACAGCCACCUUCAGGCAGCAGCCCCCACCUAUGAAGGCCUGCUUGUCAUGUCACCAGCAAAUUCACCGGAAUGCACCUAUAUGCCCUCUGUGCAAAGCUAAGAGUCGGUCCCGGAACCCCAAAAAGCCAAAACGGAAGCAAGAUGAAUGAAGAGAGGGAGAACACAUGGAGCUCUGCUGCUCAUAACCCUUCCCUUGGCCAGUGAUUGAUCUCCUAAUGUGAAACAACCCUUCCCCACCUCUACCAAGUUUCCUGUUUAAUGUGAUAAAAGCACACAACCCAUUGCUCACUUUGUUCUUAUUUCUUUCUGAUCUUGGGGUUUAGUUUAGGAAGAGAUGUGAUUCAGAUGCUAAUGAAAGUGUAUCUGAUGAUCCCUUCUUUCUCCCUACAUUUCAACCCCUGCCCUUGUUUGGAGCUAAAGGAAGGGCAGAAGGCCCAGAUGUAAUUCUCUGUCUCUUAUGCCUGAGGCCUGGGACUAAGGUCUGAGGAUUGGGGGAGAGCCAUAUCUUAUUUCACGUAAAGGCUCCAGUGUGCCCCCUCCCUGUACUUUUGCCUUAGUCUUCUAGCUGGACUUUCCAGUAGGCUUGGUGCCUAUGUUUGCCCUAAGGUCAUCUCAAAUCAAGGCCCAGAGGUAACUUGGAAAAGCCCUCUUUUUUAUAUUAUUUGUGGAGGCCUGGCUGUUAUUAUAGAGUUCACCACCCUACACCCAUCCUCAGUCUCCUAGAUAUACAAAAGUUCUCAGGUACCAGGCUGUGUAUCUGGAGAUCCUGAGAUCUGCAGGCCUUUCUCCCAUAAUCCUAAGUUUUGCAAAUCAGUAGUAGAAGUUCCCCACAGUGACUCAAGGGACAGAGAUAGGGGUUGGCUGACUGAAAAAGUUUUAGCUCUAGGUCUCAGUCCCUGGCUGGGGAGGGAGAGAUAUUUUUCCUUCUUUCUUUAACUGCAGGUUUAAGUUGCCACAGUGUCUGUGUUCAUAAUAUAAGAGAUUCCUCUGCUCUUUGAAAGUAAGAGUGUUAUGUCUGUACAAAUCCUUUUAAAUAAACAUUUGUUCUUUGAAGUAAA